CGUGCAUGACAGCGACAAAGACAGCGAGCAGUGUUUGCGGCGGUGGUGGGGAAGUGAGGGUAUUUGUUUAUCUAUGAUGGAAAUAGAAGUCGAUAUUAUUGAAUUUAGAAUACCGACAGAGAAUAACAAAACACUUUUCGUCUGGGACAUUCUCCCGGAGUACUCCGAAGCCCAUAUUUAUGAAGCCGUGUGGAAUAUCUUCUCUGCCUUCGGGGCACUUUACCUCGUGAAGGUGAGCCCAAAUGCCACUCUAGCUCAACCAGGCUUCUAUGCAAUGGUCAAGUUCUACUCCGCUGCACACGCGUCAAAAGCACAGAGAGCCACGGACAGGACAUGCCUUUUCCAGCGGUCACCUGUAAAGGUCCGCUUGAGCACCAAGGUGAACCCGUCCUUCGGUAUCAAUCCCAGGCCCCUUAGCCACGCCAGGUGUCAGGAGCUGGCCAACCACUACCUGGGAUUCAACGGCUGGUCCACACACAUCCUCACGAUGAAGGAUUUCUCCAGCUGCAGCGCACCUGGUGGUGCGGGCCUGGACGCCCUGCUGAGGGGGCAGUCUGAGGCCACAGGUAGCCAGGAGCUGUAUCUCAAGUACGGCUGCGUGGUGGAGCUCACCCUCCCCCAGCACGGAGCCUCCUGCCGGGGCAUCGGAGUCACAGAGGAGCCCCUGGAUGGGGACGACCGGCCUGAGGUGGUCUUGUUGAAGAGGGGAAAGCUACAGAAGUGGGCCCGGGACAAAGCAGUGGUCAACGCCUUCGAGAGGGUAAUGCUCAUCGUUCUGGGUAAUGGGAAAGUUGCAGUGGAGUGUAGAAGUGACCCUGAUGAGGUCUUCCCUGAUGAUGAGGAGGAAGGAACCCUAAAGGUGAAUGACAUCCCAUGGAGUGAGUAUGAGGGGGGUGAGGAGGAGGAAGAGGACCUGACCUGGGACCUCAGUCUGCAUGUGACCGACUAGCCUGACACACACACACACACACACACACACACACACACACACACACACACACACACACACACACACACACACACACACACACACACACACACACACACACACACACACACACACACACACACACAGUGUCAUUCAUGAUACCAUAUGUACAAUACAUAGACCCCAGAUAUGUGUCAGAUUACAGUAGUCGAGAGUUAGAGUUUCUUUCUAUACUUUGAUACGAUGCUGAUCUUUCACCGGCUAGAACUGUUGAUGUUGUCGCUGAAACCCCUUUCCUCUAAAAUGUUAAGGACUGUUGGUGUGUUACUAAAGUUACAUUAUUUUUUCAUAUCACACUUUAUUUUGUUUGUAAAUAAAGACAUAUUUAUUUUAA